CCUCCAAUAUCCUCCUGCCGUUUCGUCUCGUUUUAUAAGGCACUCUUAGCCUUUAAAAUAUGUCUUCAAUGUACACGGAGCGAAACACUAAUUACCAUGGAGGACGUUCAGGCCCUUCUCGUCGGACGCCCAGCCCUUAUGAGCGAUCAAUGUCUCGGUCUUCUGGCUAUUCCUAUCGCUCCCAUAGCCCUGGCUUUCAUUCCUCAGAAUCUCCACAUUCACGUUCCAUCUCACGUUCUCCUGAUAGGGAUCAAACUACGGUCUUUGUAGAAAACUUAACCCGGAAUGUUACACGUGAGCAUAUUGCAGAAAUAUUUGGAGUUUAUGGUAGAAUAAACUCGAUUCAUAUGCCUCUUUAUAGAAAAUCUAAAACAAACAUGGGAUUCUGCUAUGUUACUUAUUCUUAUCCUGAUCAGGCUGCGAACGCUGUCGAUAAAAUGAACAAUGGUGAACUAGAUGGUGAAGAGUUGUUUCUCUCCCUGAAGCGACCUGAAACAAAGAGUUACAGAAAAAGAGGCUAUUCCAAGGUUUCCGAUAAUUUUUAUCGCCCAAAUCGUUUUGACAAUGACUCGCGGUAUAGAAGGGGUAGAAGCCCUUCUUUACAUUCGCCAAGAAGUAUGAGUCGAAGCCCCACUAGAAGCCUCAGUAGGGAGUCUAUGGAUUUUUCGUACUCUAGAAAUAGGUGAAGUGUAUUGAGAAUCUAAUAGUGUUCAGCUACUCGCUAACUAGUUCUCUUAGUGAGACUGAUAGAUAUAUGCCAUUCUCAUAAAAAAAAGAAAUAUAUAUUUAUUACAUUUUGCGUUAAAUGCAUUAUUCUAUUAUUAAAUAAGAAUAACUCUAUUAUCCAAG